UCCCGCGACAGCCAAUGAAAUCAGAAUGUGAGUGCUCAGGUGCUCUAAAUUAAUCGAUCGUGGUGGCACUUUUCCCGCGAGGCCCUAUGAGCAAUACUUCAGCACUCUUUCUUAUCUAUUGUUGACUCGGGUGUUGAUGGUUGGUGUGAAGCUCCAAAAUGCUCGAUGACGAGGAGCAGCCACAGUCGCUGGCUGAUAUCAAGCGGAGUCUCUUUCAGCGGGGAUUGACGGAUCACCAGCUCCUCAGCCGAGCAGUGUUACAGAAGAAGCCCUCAGAGGUGGAAAACAAGCGCCGCAGUCGCAGUUUUGGUGACAUUGUAGACAUCGCACACGAACAGCCCAAGGAGAUCAAGCGCAACGCCAGCUUUCGCUUCCAGAAGCCGGUGAGUCUGCAUCAGCAGAAGCGGGACUUGCUGGUGGAGAUCAAGGCGCGUCUGGAGCAGAGAACACAGCAAGAGGAGCACGAGGAGAAGCUUGAGAAUCAGGAAAAGAUAGAGGAUGGAAAAGAGGCCACGAAUGUGACAUCACCGACAUCACCGGAGAUAAGAAAACGCUAUUCGCCAGUGUAUACGAGAACACGCAGCAUUUGCCGAACAUCCGACACGUCGUCCACAUACUCGAGCAGCUGGCGAAACAGCGUGAAGGAGAUGCAAGUGCCUCAGAGCACACCCGAGCAAGCCCCAGCCGGAGAAACCGCAGUCGUGAAGCGUGAAUCCAAUCCCGCCCGGAAGUCCGUAAAGAGUCUCUAUUCGCCCAGUGAAUUUCCGCACUUGGCGGGCUUUCAAUUCGAUGUGAUUAAGCGGAACUCGUCGGUGCCGAAGCUCUCGCCACCGCAGCGCAACACUUAUUCCGCCCAUCCGAGUCUGUACUUCAUCGAGAUCGAUGACGGCAGUGAUACGUCGGAUAUGGAGAAGUCCACUUCGAAUGCCAAGAUUAAGCGCCAUCAGAGCCUCAGGCAGACCAUCAAGAAGAAGCUGCAGAAGACCUUCAGUCAGCAUACAGUGCCAGCGACGCUGGAAAAUGUCCCGAAGGCGCCGGGAACGAAGAUUCCCAAGUUCGUGGUGUCGUGCAUUGGGACGCUGACGAAGCAGGAUCUGCUGAAGACAGAGGGAAUCUACAGAUCAUCGCCAUCCCAAAUGGACAUCAGAAGAGUCACAAAAGAGACCCAAAAGGGCAAUUUUGACAUUCUGGAGAAACUGAGUGAACCUGCUUUGCUCGCUGGUCUUCUCAAGAACUUCUUCUUCACCCUGAAAGAGCAUUUAAUCAGCGAGGAGACUUUUGAGCGUCACUUUCCCAUCGACAAGAACGAGUCUCUGAUUGAGGAAGAUUUCCUGGACCGCCUCAAGAUUCUAAUUUUGGACCUGGACGACAUCGCCUUCGACACGCUGUCCUACUUAAUGAAGCACUUGAGAGAAGUGGCGGAUUUGAGCGACCGCAACUUGAUGAAGUCAUCGAAUCUGGGUCUGGUGUUCGCGCCGUGCUUGUUCACCAACUGCGAGAAGAAGUCCAGCACAAUCGAUCUGCUGAAUUGCAUGGGAUUGCAGGCCAAAGUCACUGAAUUGAUGAUUGACAAUUUCGAGGAGUUGUUUGGUGCCGAAGCGCCCCGGUUUGCCGAGGCUCAGUCAAUUGUUGUGAGUCCGCAGAAGAGGACUCCAAAUGCCGCCGGGAAGAAGGUGAAGAGAGAGCGCAGCAAGACAGUCUGUGUGCUGAGUUGAGUUGGGUUGGGAAAACGAUGUAAGAAUUAACUUGUACAUAGCACUAUGUUUCAAUUACAUUAGCGAUGUGUGGAUGGUUUUAUCACCACAUACACAC